UCACCAUAGUCUUCCGUGCCAACCUGACCCUGGUGGCCUGGGGAGCUCCAAGCCCAGAGCAGACUCUCAGUUCUGCAGGAUCACGUCCCAGGUCAGCUAGCAAGGACAGGGGCUGUCCCUCAGAACCCCAGGCCCAGUGGGCUGGGCUGAGGUUUCAGGGCCCCUCCUGCCGCCUCAGCCGGGGGCGGAACCCAGACUCACCUGCAGCCCUACCUGAGCUGUCGGAGCAGCUGUCAGAGGCCAGGCAGAGCCACCUGCGAGUGGGAGCUGCUGUCGGGAGCCUCAGGUGCGGGGACCAGGCCCAGGAGGUCUGGCUCAGGCCAGGCGGUGCAGGAAAGGAAUGAAGCCGGGAGCGCCUCAAAGUCCAGCCUGCAGGGGACCAGCGCACAGAUGAGCAAGGAGCUGGGAGUUAUGGGGCCCGGAGCCUCAGGGGCCGGGAGCAGGCCUGAAACAGUUCCACGCUCAGCAGCGGGCCCUGGCGUCAGCCUGCACACCUAUGACAUCGUGGUCGUGGUCAUCUACUUUGUCUUCGUCCUGGCCGUGGGGAUCUGGUCGUCCAUCCGCGCAAGUCGAGGGACCGUUGGCGGCUACUUCCUGGCGGGGAGGUCCAUGAGCUGGUGGCCGAUCGGAGCGUCUCUGAUGUCCAGCAAUGUGGGCAGUGGCUUGUUCAUCGGUCUGGCCGGGACAGGGGCUGCUGGUGGCCUGGCCGUGGGAGGCUUCGAGUGGAACGCGACCUGGCUGCUCCUGGCGCUGGGCUGGGUCUUCGUCCCUGUGUACAUCGCCGCAGGAGUGGUCACCAUGCCACAGUACCUGAGGAAGCGCUUCGGGGGCCAGAGGAUCCAGAUGUACUUGUCCGUCCUGUCUCUCAUCAUCUACAUCUUCACCAAGAUCUCGACGGACAUCUUCUCUGGAGCCCUGUUCAUCCAGAUGGCCUUGGGCUGGAACCUUUAUCUCUCCACGGCGCUUCUGCUGGUGGUGACAGCCAUCUACACCAUUGCAGGGGGCCUCAUGGCUGUGAUCUACACAGAUGCUCUGCAGACGCUGAUCAUGGUGGGGGGAGCCCUGGUCCUCAUGUUUCUGGGCUUUCAGGAGGUGGGCUGGUACCCAGGCCUGGAGCAGCGCUACAGGCAGGCCAUCCCUAACGUCACAGUCCCCAAUACCACCUGUCACCUCCCACGGCCAGACGCCUUCCACAUGCUUCGGGACCCUGUGAGCGGGGACAUCCCAUGGCCGGGUCUCAUUUUUGGACUUACCGUGCUGGCCACCUGGUGCUGGUGCACAGACCAGGUCAUUGUGCAGCGGUCACUCUCCGCCAAGAGUCUGUCCCACGCCAAGGGAGGCUCAGUGCUGGGGGGCUACCUGAAGAUCCUGCCCACCUUCUUCAUCGUCAUGCCGGGCAUGAUCAGCCGGGCCCUGUACCCAGACGAGGUGGGCUGUGUGGACCCCGACAUCUGCCAAAGAGUCUGCGGGGCCCGAGUGGGAUGUUCCAACAUCGCCUACCCCAAGCUGGUCAUGGGGCUCAUGCCCAUUGGUCUGCGGGGCCUGAUGAUCGCCGUGAUGAUGGCUGCCCUCAUGAGCUCGCUCACCUCCACCUUCAACAGCAGCAGCACCCUGUUCGCAGUCGACGUGUGGCGGCGCCUCCGCAACAAGGCAACAGAGCAGGAGCUGAUGGUGGUGGGCAGAGUGUUCGUGGUGUUCCUGGUGGUCGUCAGCAUCCUCUGGAUCCCUCUCAUCCAGAGCUCCAACAGCGGGCAGCUCUUCGACUACAUCCAGUCUGUCACCAGCUACCUGGCCCCGCCCAUCACCGCCCUCUUCCUGCUGGCCAUCUUCUGCAAGAGGGUCACGGAGCCCGGAGCCUUCUGGGGCCUCAUGUUUGGCCUGGGAGUGGGGCUUCUGCGCAUGGUCCUGGAGUUCUCGUACCCGGCCCCGGCCUGCGGGGAGGUGGACCGGAGGCCAGCCGUGCUGAAGGACUUCCACUACCUGUACUUCGCGCUGCUCCUUUGCGGACUCACUGCCAUAGUCAUCGUCACUGUCAGCCUCUGCACAGCCCCCAUCCCUGUGGAAAAGCUCGCCCGCCUGACCUGGUGGACGCGCGACUGCCCCCACCCUGGCCAAGAAGAGGAGGCCUUGGAGAGUUCUCCGGGGAGAUCGGAGAGGCCGGCAGGAGCGUGCCCUGCAGGAAGUGGAGCAGCAGAGAACUCCAGUCAGGGCAGGGAGAAGCCGGCAGCCCCACACAGGUCCUGGGGAAAGCUGCUCUGGGGCUGGUUCUGUGGGCUCUCCCGGGCCCCAGAGCAGACCCUGAGUCCAUCAGAGAAGGCUGCACUGGAGCAGAAGCUGACCAGCAUCGAGGAGGAGCCACUCUGGAGAAGCAUCUGUGAUGUCAACGCCAUCAUCCUGCUAGCCAUCAAUGUCUUCCUCUGGGGCUACUUUGCAUGAUUCUGCAGCCCUGUCUAGCUAAGGUAGAUACACGUGGCCCAAGCCUGACCAGCCACAGAGACAGGCUGUCUACCUGCUCGCUGUCCAGGCCAGAAGCUACAGAGGCUGAGACUACAAGAGCCCCUGAGGAGCAUCUAACCAACUGCUCACUUGACAAGUGCAGAAAUGCGGGCCAGAGAGAGCACUCAGUGUGCUCAGGGUCACACAGCCAGACUCACCCUGGGUCCAGGGACUCCAGCUCUCCAUUACAUUGUCUCACAUUCCUACCUCUGUUAAGACGACUUAGGAACUCUUACAGUAUGUGUGUCUUGAGGUUAGAAAAGUGGAGUCUACAAGAAAAGAAGUAGCAAGAAAUUUGCAAAAAUCCAAAUGCUCCCUGUUAUUCCCUACUCCCCUUCCUCUGCCUCUACAUCUUCUCUGAUUUUAAGCUCCAGGAAUCUAUUUGCAGCACAUGUAUACUGUGGAGGGCUUUUUGUUUGUAUUGGUGUCUCCUUAGUGGUGGUUGUCAGAGCCAAAGGAGUAAGAGGCCAAAGAUGGAAUUAAAUAUGGUAGCGGCUGGUAUUUGGGGCAGGAGAUUCUUGAACAAUGGACGGUCCUUGCCCCUAUCCAACUCCAGCUCUUCCUACUCUCAAAUUCAAACAUGCACAAAGCUGCACCAUACCACAAAGUCCUAGGAUUGAGUGGUAAAGAGAUGACUUGUUGAAAACAAGAGGAAUCAAGGCCCAGCACUCUGUACUUAAGGGUAAGACCAGCAGGAGGCAGCAUAGACAACCUAGGAGCCUCCGCUUCUGGCCUGUUGCCUCUCUCCCUUUGCCUGCCAGGCACCCACAUUUAAGUGUCCCCUCUCCAGGAAGCUGUCCUAAUGCCCCGGGUGGGUCAAGCUCUACUACUCUCACCAUGCUUGCACCUGCCCCAUCACAGAACUGAUCACAUGUUUUCUCCUUCCUAUACUGAGUGCUUGAAGGGGCAGGGCCCAAGGACCGCUCCCAAGUGACUUUGUACCCCAAAAAUAAGAAGCGUUCAACAAAUACAUGUCCAAUUAAUCAUUUCUCCAAGGACUUUUUCGUGUACUUUGGGCUGUGGCUGGCUGGGUAGUGACUUUCGGGGACCUUACAUUGGCAUUUAAACAACUGUGUCUUGGAUACUAGAAUGAGACCACCGUGGGAAUGUCCCUUUCUUCUUCCAGCUGCCUAAGCUGUGCCUGCUCUCAUCAUAUCUCUUUAAUGCUAUCUUUGAUGAUCAUUUCACACUAAUCACUAAUACAAUUGGAUGCCAACAAAAGUCUGUGUCUUUGAGGUGUAGCUGAUUCCAUGAAUAGCUCCUGUCACUGCUGCCUCCAAAUUCUGGUUUCUAGCUGCCUGUUUCCUCACUGUGCCUUGUGCCAGGUGACUGCUCUCCCCAUUGUCCCCCGCUGGCCUGCACUGAGUACUCAGCCAUCGCCCUGAUUUCCCCACAGCUGUGCGCACACAUCACUUGUGUGCAAAGGAUUUUGCUGAAAGUUUGGGAAGGGGAAGAAUUUUACAACAUAGAAGCACAAAUUAAAACGAGAUAUUUUGGGGCCGGCGCUGUGGCUCACUUGGUUAAUCCUCCGCCUGCGGCACCAGCAUCCCACAUAGGUGCCAGAUUCUGUCCCAGUUGCUCCUCUUCCAGGCCAGCUCUCUGCUGUGGCCCGGGAGUGCAGUGGAGGAUGGCCCAAGUGCUUGGGCCCUGCAUCCACAUGGGAGACCGGGAGGAAGCGCCUGGCUCCUGGCUUUGGAUCCGUGCAGCACUGGGGGUAGCGGCCAUUUGGGGAGUGAACCAAUGGAAGGAAGACCUUUCUGUCUCUCUCUCACUGUCUAUAACUACCUGUCCAAAUAAAUAAAUAAAUAAAUAAACCUGUUUAUUUUAAAAAG